UUUCUUUCUUUUUAUUUAGGACGUAAUUUUACCCUGUGCGAAAAGGUGUAAAAUACAAUCAUAUACAAUCAAUCAUUUUUUUUGCAUUAAAAUUGAUACAUGUAAACUUUACUGUGCGAAAAUUAAUGUACCCAGAAAUUAUUUUACAAAAAUAUGGUGUUUUGAAAUUGGUGUGUAAUGUUUAGGUUAAAAUAGUGUUAAGGUAAAAAAAUGAGGUUUCGUUUCUGUGGAGAUCUAGAUUGUCCGGAUUGGGUACUGGCAGAAAUCAGCAUAUUGUCAAAGAUAAGUUCUGUUAAAAUGAAGUUGUUUUGUCAACAAAUAAUGAGUCAUUUAAUAAAUGGACAAAUCGACUAUGCGAAAGUCAGUAAAUUUACAUCAGAUGCAAAAUUUGAUAUAAAUGACAUUAAAGCUGCUAUAGCAGCUGUAGAUUUUAUUUUUUCAAGUGGUGCGAAAUAUGGUGUAGAUGGUGAGACCUUGUCCAAUGAAUUACAACAGCUUGGUUUACCAAAAGAAUUAGCAGCGUCAUUAUGCAAAGUUUAUGAAGACAAAUUUGAUAGUUUACACAAAGUCUUAAAAAAUAAAAGCUUGCGUUUGUCUUCUUUGAAAUCAGUGGAUUGGAGGGUGGAUUAUGUGUUAGUUUCAAAUUUUACCGACAAUGUUAAAGAACCUGAAGUGCAAUUAAAAAUCUGUAAAACAGAUGAUGAAGAACCUAUUUGUUUUACAUCAUCUGGUGAUAAAUUUCGUGUCCUGUUAUCAGAAAUGAGAGAGGCAUAUAAACACAUGGAAGAGUUAUCUUAGUUUUUUUAUUUUUCAUUUGUGUAGGUAAUUUUUUCUAUUUCUUAAUUUUCAAGGUAAUCGCAUUGCAAUAGUCAAUCUUGUUGAGCAUUUUAUAUCUUCUCGUUUUGAGUUUUAAAAAUGCAAAGAUGUAUACGAGUCUUUGUUAACUUAUUAUUUUCUCAGAUUUUGAAGAAGUUUGAUUUAAUUUUUUAACUGAUAGAUUUAUAUGUUUAAUUGUAUGGCAUCCACAUUUGUUUUUGUUUAUUUUUUCUAAUUUAUAUAGGGAUCUUUCCUCUAUAUGACAUUACCUAUCAAGGCUGUUGUUAGCAUUAUUAACUACAGCUCCUCAAUAUCUGAAUACCAAUGGCUAUGGCACAUGUUUUAGCAUCAUUUUGAACUGAGAUUCAAUUUCCAAAGAGUUUGUAGCAGACAUGUUUUUCAACAACCAAUCGAAACUCUGAAAACCAUUCUUAAUAUCAUAAAGAUUGAGCACCAGUUUAGAGCUUUCACCCAAGAAUGUUUUAAUAGAAAUCAAUCUAUCUAAAUCCCUUUCAAUUAUUAAAAUGAAUCGGCAGCUUCUUUAUGGCCAAUAGCUUUCGAGCGUGAGAUGUGAAUAGUUUUCAUAACCUCUCUUUAAUAGUUGUAUAGUAUUUGUAAGUAAAAAAUCUCGUAACUUUAUUUUUUGUAUUUUUCAGCACUUUGUAUAUGCAUACUUAGUUGUAUAUGCAAUUUUAUUUCUAAUUAUACUGUUCUCUAAUUAACUGUUUUAAGUGAAUAUACGAGAUAUGAGAACUGAUGCUUGGAAAUAUACCCUAUUGUUUAUUGUAGGAUUGUUUUGAUGGAUUUUUAAGAUUGUGGAAUCUUACUUCUGGAGAAGAAUAAAUUUAUUUAUCAAACAAGGACAGCAUUAAUUAUUUGAAAUAUUAUCAAUACAGGUGUUUUUUUUUUUUGCGAUAUAUUUGGAAAUCCUUUCGCAAAAUUUUUGUCUAGGAUAAUUUUGUUUAAUAGAUCACAGUUUAUUAAUGUUUUAUCAUACAGGGAUCAUUUAUUAUUUAAAAAAAGAGGAUGCUUAAGCGUUUUUGAAUAAUUAUACUGGUCAUCAUUUUUAAACAGUGUCAUCACUUUUUAAGUGACGAUAAAUGACAUUUCUUAAAAAACAACUAAGAUCAGAAUAAAUAAGUAAAAAUCAGUACUUGUAAAAAAGCUAUGUUAUUAUAGUUUUGUCAUUUUUUUAAUUGUUAUCAGUAAAUGAAUGAACUAUUAUUGCUUUAAGAAUGAUGAGAAUUUGUCACAGCAAGCUGUCUGACACUUAUUAAAGUAUAUAAUGUGUGUACAUUUUUUUGUAAGUAAUAAUUAGUAUAUUGUGGUUAUUUGAAGACCACAUGGAUUAUACUUAUAAUAAUAUAUAGAUUAGGUUUUUUUGUCCAUUUUAAAUAUGUUAGAACUUUGAAGUAAUUUUUGAGUAAAUUUUAGUAAAUAUUUGACCAUUUUCCAAAUUAAAUCCACCCCAAUUUAAAGCAAAACUGAUAAUUUUUAUAGCAAAUUUUCAUGUCACAAAAAAAUGUAUGGUAGAUACAAAACAUGUAUAGUUUGUUAAAAUUGCAUUUAACAUCGA